CUUGCCUUCAUGGAGCCAAAGCGACGGUCCACCCGCAAACGCAAGGCAGAUGAUACCCAAGAUACUGCAGCGCCCGCUGCCCCGCCUGCCAAGCGCGCGAAAGUGGUACGCAAACAGGGUCGGCUCGCGGGCCUGCUCUCCAUCUCGCUUGAUGUCGUCUUCGAGAUUCUAGCUUACCUUCAGCCCCUCGACCUACUCAGACUGUCACGUCUGAGCAAAGAGUUCCGUGCCCUCCUCAUGAGCAAAUCGACCAUCACCGUCUGGCGCGCUUGCAUUGCCAAUUCUGGCCUGCCACUACCACCAGACGUUAGCAACAUGAACGAGCCUCAGCUGGUUCGACUGGCCUUUGACAAUGUCUGCCAGAGUUGCGAUGCGACUGCUCGGAAAGUGGACUGGCUGCUGCUCAAGAGAUUAUGCAGUCGAUGUUCAAAAUCCAAACUUUUCUCCACUGUGUCUAUCGGCGGUGCAGACACUGGGGUCUUGGAUUUGGUUCUCUCACGGUCGGACAACAGCAAGCCCUGGCUGAGCGUAUGCUUGAGAGACGAAUAUGAUCGUAUGCGUUCACUGGGGUCCAAUUUACGACCAGUUGAGAAAGAUAAAUGUCUCAAAGAGCGGAAGGAGCUCGUAAAAACACUUGCUGCGUAUGGCGAAAUUUGUAAGGAUUGGGAUGAGGGAAGGUCUGAAGCUCGCUCGUCGGAGCUUGCCGAACUGAAGGAAGAGCGUUACAAUGCAGUCGUAGUCAGACUGACCGCGCUCGGAUGGGGAGAUGAAAUUGCCAGCCUGCCGUUGUCGGACGACCUUCGAGGGCAUAGACUCGUCAAGUCCCCAAAUCCACUAACUGAACGCACCUGGAAGACAAUUGAGCCGGAACUAGUGCAGUUCAUGGAACAGCUGAAGAGGCAACGCCUGGUCCGCGAGUUCAAACUCCUAGUGCAGGAACGCAAGACAAUCGCCACUAAGGUUAUUCGUGCCUACAAACAAUCGCAGCUGCCCUGGUCAGAUGUGAUGCCCAGUGUCACAGACUUUCACGAAUUCGAGCCAAUCAAGACUCUUUUGAACAAGCCCGUCGAAGUGACUGUCGAUGAAACAAGUUUUGAGGCACUCUUGCCUGAGCUGCCACCACAAAUCCAAGAGUGGCGACAGACUCUGGCCCAUGCACUUGUAACUCGGCACAAGGACCUAUCAGUUGGACAAGAGGACCAGCUCAAAUUGGCUAAAUGUGUGUUCAAGUGCACUCAAUGCAAGGAUGGGGGCAUUAGUGUGUUUUUCGGGCUUACCGGAAGCAUGGGGGCGAGCGGACCGUUAUUGUGGCCCAAAGUUUUAUCCCACCAUUGCCUCACGCAUCUUCCCGAUCUACUUCCUUGGAUGUUGGGCACUUCAAGGAUGAUUGAAUGGUCAGCAAGUCCGCUUGAAGCUGAUCGUGCUUCCUCGGAAAUUGUUCAACAACUCGUUGAAGCUUGUGGGCUGGAUGCAGACACGACAACGGUGGAGGAAAUGGAUGAACUGGACGCUCGAUUUGCCUGCCAUCGCUGUGCUAAACGAGUAACGCCAGAGGACGGCAGCGGCCCAUCAAUAGCGGACGAGAAGAGCAAGGCAUCUGCAUCAGACGCAUCGACAUCGACAUCGGCCAAAGGCAAGGCAUCAGCAUCGGUCAAAAGCAAAGCAUCGACCUCGGGAGCAAAGAAAGGCAAGGCGACAAAUUCGAAAGCUCAUGUCGACACAUCCGCGGAAGAUAAAAGCCCUGCAGAAGUCUACGCGUAUACGUGGCGUAAUGCCGUCGCCCACCAACGGAUGUCCCAUAACUUUUCAUCUACGGCAUGGUACAAGCUGAACGAAGAGGAUGCACGGGUUGUACGCGCGAAGGAGCUUGAAGUCAUUGCCCUGGACAAGGAGUCUCGAGAUGCUGAUGAUGAAGAGGCUCGGGAUACAGAGGACGAGCUUGAUGACACUAUUCUUGACCCAAAGAUCAAACCCAAGACUGAACCAACACCCGAAUCUGGGUCUUCGAAUAAAGGCAAGGCCCUUGGAGCGAAGAGUGAGGCGAUGACAAUCGAUGAGAAACCCAACGCCGAACUAUUGCCUGGAUCUGGGGCGUUGGACAAAGGCAAAGGACGUGCCUUGCCUGUGAAAGAAGACGCGAUGGAAGUAGAUGAGAGCACAUCGAAAAAAGCUCUUCUCCCAGCUCAACUUCCUGAACUAGCCUUCCUAUGCUCCCAUUGCAUGGACUCUAUUCAGGAAAAGUCACCAACAUCUUUGGAUGAGAUUCUCCUCCACUUGUCCGUCAGACAUGACAUCGAGUCUCCAAGCGAGAAUGAGGACUAUUAUCGCUCGUUGGCUGCUCCUGAGGUCUACACCCGCCAAAUGUUCCCCGCCCCGAGAUUGACGAUCCAACUGCCUCCCACUCCGCCGGGGCUGUCGAAGCCGCGACCGCAGUUUGGCUUGCCUGGCCUAUUCGGCUUGUCGAUGGGUAUGUACGACGACGAGUAUGACUACUAUGACACGGACGAGGAGAUGUACGGAUAUGGUGGACAUGGACAUUAUUAUGGGGACGACUCGGAUGACGAUGACGAUGGUUUCUGGUGA